AUGGCGAAACCGUCAGGAUUUCGGACCUAUCUGAGGUCUGAGAAGACACCAGAGGAGAGGAAGCUCUUACGCAAGGUCGAUUUCUUCAUAUUAACAUUUUGUUGUUUUAUGUACUUUUUCAAUUAUCUCGACAGGUCCAACCUUACUCAGGCAUAUGUUUCUGGCAUGAAAGAAGACCUCAACUUCAAGGGCAAUCAGCUGACCCAGAUUACUACCAUUUUUACCUGCGGGUACAUCGUUGGGAUGAUACCAUGUAAUCUAGCCCUCUACUACAUCAAGCCCCGGAUAUUCUUCCCUUCCAUGGUUGUUCUCUGGGCUGCUUUGACCAUGGUAACUGCCGCCGCAAGCACUCCCCACCACAUCAUGGCCAUCAGAUUUUUUGUCGGUAUGGCUGAAUCUAGCACUUUCAUCGGGACCCACUACAUCUUAGGUUCGUGGUACACGGAGAGCGAGCUUGGUAAACGGAGUGGAAUCUUUACCGCUUCAGGCUUGGCCGGCACCAUGUUCGGCGGUUUCAUCCAGUCUGGGAUAUACAAAAGUAUGAACGGACUACAGAAUCUUGCAGGCUGGCAAUGGCUCUUUAUCAUUGAUGGCAUUAUCACCCUACCAAUUGCGGUCUAUGGCUUCUUUUUGUUCCCCGACACUCCAUCAAGAACGACAGCGCCAUAUCUAUCCGCCGAAGAACGCGCACUGGCGAUCUCACGAGUGCCCGAGGUCCCUGAGCAAAAGCCACUCACGUUCGCAUUUGUGAAGCGCGUCUUCAGCUCCUGGCAAUUCUAUGGAUUCGUUGUACUCUGGAUCAUCGCUGGAGAGACCGAGAGCUUCAGCACAAAUAGCUUGUUGGCACUGUAUAUGAAGGCCAAUCCCGACAAGAAAUAUUCGGUAUAUCAACUGAACAAUUAUCCGACAGGGGUCCCAGCUGUCGGAAUCGUCUCAACGUUAUUUUGGGCGACCCUCACAGACUUUCUGGGUGGGAAGAGAUACCUGGUUGCAUACUGGAUCGCAAUCACCGGAGUCAUCACUUCCGCCAUCAUCCUCGCUCCUGGCACCGGGAUUGGAGGACAUUUUGGUGCAUAUUACUGGGCGGGUUCGGUCUAUGCGUGUCAAGCGACGUUCUUUGCGUGGGCCAACGACGCCCUUCGGUACGAGGAAGAUUCUCUGCGGGCAAUCGUUAUCGCGAGCAUGAAUCUUGGAAGUAAUGCGGUCAACGCCUGGUGGUCGAUCGUGUUCUACUCCGCAAACUUUGCGCCGAAAUUCACACGUGGUAUGUGGGCGAUGAUCGCAGUGAGUAUCUUGAUGGCUAUAUGGGCAUGUGGACUACAAAUUAUGCAAAGAAGAGCUGCCAGAAACCAUGUUCACUCCACAGAAACGGUGGAACCAAGAGACAUCGAGAAAGAAAUGGUCAGCGAUACGACGAAGGUGUAA